UUUCAUCUAUUUGAAGACAAAAAAGCCCAGGAAUUAAAAAAACAAACUGCCUCCCCAUGUAAGAAAUCAAACCUUUGUCCUUUAUAAAACAACAAAAACCCUGUGUAACAAAAGGUAACUAAAAAUGGCACAUACGUAUUCAUUUAAGAAAUGUCUUACCAAGACCUUUUACAUAUUGAUAUAUGAAACGGGAACCCUAAAGCAUGCCUUCAAAGGCACUAUAAUCAACAGAGAACUGGCUGAUUCCUUCAGAGAACAAUUCAGUGCUUCCAAUAAAUAAAACACUUUAUUUUGUAAUUUCGGGAUUGGUAAGUACGUCUGCAACUACACCGUAUUUUAUUUUUGGAGUGUCACAAGAACUAGCCCAAAGGCGAAUUUAAGAAACUCAAAAUACCAAGUAUGAGGAGAAAAUAUUUAAUAUAAGCCCUAAAGGCUCUCCUCUUACAUCUUCAUAAAGCCACUAGGAAACACUCUGCCCUCGGCGGUGUAUACCAAGGACCUCCGUUUUGUGCUGCUGAUAAAACUAUAGGGGUUGUCCAUAUUAAGUUUUGAGAAGGGCAAGUACCCACGGUGUGAAGGGAGAGGGAGUGCACUGUUUUGGUUCACAUUGGGAUUUUUAUUUCCUUUGUUUUGCCAGGCCUCUACUCUUGGGGACAAGGGUAAAACUUGUUCCAACUAUAUAGAGUCGUACCCUACUGGGUACAGAGCCGUCCCCUUCCCGCCACGCAGCCCCGCGUGAAAGAUCCCAUUGCGCGAGCUUCCUUCGCCGGCUCCCUCGACACAAACUUUAGCAACCCCCAUUGCUUCUUUCCUCCCAAUAAGGGUGGCGGAACGCCUGCUACAUUCUCCCUUAGCUGAGACCCCCGCAGAUCAGCAGGCGCGGAACUUCCACAACCCGCGUGGACUCCACGUCCAAGAAUGACAAAGAUGACCCCGAAAACGCACCAUAGUCUUCGGCGGGAAGCCGCGGGCUCGCGACACUCCCUACUGCACAUGCGCAAAACAGUGCUAAGCCUGGAGAGGCCGGCGUGGCGGUUACCGGAAGGACUGGAUCUCCUCUUCUCGCGAGAAGAGGGAGGUGGGGGCGGGAUGGAGGCUAGGAACGUUACCAAGGAAACAGCUCUGGGGCCUCUUGCUGCUGCUCAGCUUCUGGGGAAGAAAACUGAACCCUGCGUUGAGACCUGGUUCUCAUCAGCAGUAAAAAGUAAUAAUUCUAAGAAAACAAAACCAAACCAAACCCACUGCCGUCGUGUAUAUAUUUAUAUGCAUAUCUAUAUAACUAUAAAAAAAUAUGCAUAUAUAUAAUUAUACAAAAUUUUAGCUUCUUUAGGGCAUCUACGAGCACAUUUUUUUGCGGAUUUUAUUAAGCAGGUGGUUAAUAGUAGGAUAUAGAGUACGUGAUAAUGUGUCCGGACACCAUCAGCAAUGACAAAGCUAUUCUUACCUCCCUGUGAGAACACAGAACAAAAAAAUCAAGUGUUCUGACCCAAUGUAAAUUCUUAAAUAUCCAUGUAACCAGGGUGCAGCAAUAACAAGAAAACCCAUAAUCUCCAGAUAAAUGUUCUAUUCUUGACGUUGUAAGCAGUUUUGAGGUUUAAAAAAAAUUUUUUUUCCCCUGCAUAUCCUUUGGUAGAACUUCUAAUCCUGAGGAAAAUGUCAGUUAGGGAGUUGAGUUUGGUUUUACUUAACACAUAGAAACGCCUACAAUGGGCCCUGACCAGACGAGGGGCUAUGAAAAUAGGAGCCCCAUGGUUACUGCCUGGAGGAGCUCAGCCCGAAGUGUGCAAGAAGGGCAGGUGGGGUGGGCUUCGCCCAUGGGCUUCCUGGAGGAGGCCACGCAGAGCUAAGGCAGACAUCCAGCGGCCCGGAAACGCAGGGCACAGGGACUCACAGUUGGGGAUACGGAGAAGGGAGCCCCUGUAAAAACCUCGUGCCAUGUCACAAGUUAGUGGAUUUUUAUAUCACUCACAUCCCAAUGACCAAAUUAUUCCCAAAAUGCUCAAGUUCAAAUACAAGAAAAUGAAGUAAUCUUCUUGCAGUGUUGCAUAUUAAUGAAAAUCCUCAGGUAUGCUAUACUUUUAAAGAUCUAACAUUUUUUUUAAGUGGGUUUUUUAAAAAAUAUUAUUUUUAGAUUGCCUUAACAGCAGCGGUGUUUUGCACUAGAUUUAGAGAUGAACCAACUUGAAAAUGGUGAAAGGGUUCUACCUACAAAUUAGAAUACUUACCCCCUCCUUUCCUAGGAAAUUGUAUACAUCAAAUGUAUACAAUUGUACACAUUUGAUGUCAUCUCUAUUUUCCUUUUUAAUGUGAUCUCUAAGUUUUUGGGAAACUCUGGUAGCCUAAUGGUUAAGUGCUAAGGCUGCUAAUCAAAAGGUUGGCAGUUCAAAUCCACCAGACCCUCCUUGGAAACUCUACAGGGCAGUUCUACUCUGUCCUAUAGGGUCGCUAUGAGUCGGAAUCGACUCGACAAUGGGCAUAUAAGUCUUUGUGAAUUUAUUCAAGGCUUAAGCACUACCAUCCAAAUCUGAUGUACAGUUGGCACUAGAACUGCAUGUGUUAAUUUAUAAUGGUAUUAUGCAUAUAAAAAGACUAAAAAAAAUGAACUGAUACCUUAGAGGCUUAGAUUUUAAAAACAACAAUACGGUGUAUACAGGUUUCAGGGAGAAAAAAGGUUAAAACAGAAUGCGCCAAUAUUGAGGUACAGGGAAAAAUACCAUAUAGACAUUUGCAGAAUGUAGAUAAAUCCUUCCAAAACCUUUUAGGAAUCCAAGAAGCACUGGUCAGUUUCUGUCACGGUUGCUAAAGUGCAUGUCAUAAUAGGUUGCCAAGGAAGUUGUCAUACAUCGUGGAUGGAAAUACUUCCCAGUCAUCCUCUUCCCUUUGAACAUGUUUUCUUAGUUUUAAGCAAGACGCCAUCAUGGGAGACCUUUUUUCCUUAUUUUGGGAGAUGGAUCCUCCUCCCAAACCUUUAACUCUAACCAUUCCAAAUCAGGAUUAUGAAUGCCAGAAGGAUGACUCUUGUGUGGCAAUAGGGAGCUUCCUGCUUUGGUACUUUGCCAUUAUCUCGGUCCUGAUGUUCUUCUCUAGGACUUCUGUCUGGAUUUCUGCGAAAAACAAAAAAGAUGGAGACAGUGGGACCAGCGCUUCAGUAAGUAAAGCAAGCAAAGAUGCUUCCUAUAAGGAGCACAGCAAAGAUGCUACCUGGGACUCUUUACAAACAAUGAAGAAACCAAAGCAUGUCCAUCUGACCCCUGUAACUGACUCAGAAGUGGCUUUGAUCAAUGCCUAUCUUGAACAAAGACGAGCCGGGCGCCAUUCUCAACUUAACCAGAGGAAUCAGAUCCAACAUGACAGUGAUACUACCGAGUAUGACAGUGAAGAAUCUAACUCUGGACCCUCCUCGUGGAAGGAGAGUGCAAGUGAACACCAGCCAUCACCAGCCGGUAUCAAGAGGAGAAAAAUAGUACAGAGGCAAAAGAAUCUGGGAAGUUACCAGAUCAGGGAGAGGCCCUGCCUCCACUGCAAAGCCAUGAGAACCAAUGAGUGGUUGACGCGCCAUUUCCUUCAAAACACUUCAGUAGCAACUCUAAAGAAGGCAGAUACUGAAGAGGAAAAUUCUAUACCUGACAUUAACACAAAAUUCAGUAAAUUUUGA